UCGGGUGGGUUAUAAAAGCCAGAAUUCCUUCAGCACCUGCAGCCUCUCUCGUGCCCAGCCCUGCAGAGGACAGAGAGCGCUGUCUGUCGGGGUGGACACAAGUGAAGGGGCAUCUCACUGGACAGGGCCGGGUCUCCCUUUGCAGGUGCUAAGAGAUGGCACUUGUGGGACUUAGCUCUGACUGAGACUCGGCGCGGCGGGCACUGGACGAGCCGACCGUGAUCCCGGGCUCCGCGCUUGAAGAAGCCUCCACGUCCGGCCACUCGGGUCCAACGGCCACACCGCUCGGCUGGUCUUAAUGAUGGGUAUUGGCAAGAACACUACAGCCAAGUCCAUGGAGGCCGGGAGUUCCACGGAAGGCAAAUACGAAGAUGAAGCCAAGCACCCAACUUUCUUUACCCUUCCGGUGGUGAUCAAUGGAGGGGCCACGUCCAGUGGCGAACAGGACAAUGAGGACACCGAGCUCAUGGCCAUAUAUACGACAGAAAAUGGCAUCGCCGAAAAGAGCUCCCUGGCCGAGACCCUGGACAGCACCGGCAGCCUGGACCCCCAGCGCUCGGACAUGAUCUACACCAUAGAAGAUGUCCCCCCCUGGUACCUGUGCAUUUUUCUGGGGCUACAGCACUACCUGACCUGCUUCAGCGGCACCAUCGCUGUGCCCUUCCUGCUAGCCGAUGCCAUGUGUGUGGGCUACGACCAGUGGGCCACCAGCCAGCUCAUCGGGACCAUCUUCUUCUGCGUGGGCAUCACCACUCUGCUGCAGACCACCUUCGGGUGCAGGUUACCCCUGUUUCAGGCCAGUGCUUUUGCAUUUCUGGCCCCUGCUCGAGCCAUCCUGUCUUUAGAUAAAUGGAAAUGUAACACCACAGAUGUUUCAGUGGUCAACGGGACAGCGGAACUCUUGCACACAGAACAUAUCUGGUACCCCCGGAUCCGCGAGAUCCAGGGGGCCAUCAUCAUGUCCUCGUUGAUAGAAGUGGUCAUCGGCCUCCUAGGCCUGCCUGGCGCUCUGCUGAAGUACAUCGGGCCCCUGACCAUCACGCCCACAGUAGCCCUCAUCGGCCUCUCUGGUUUCCAGGCAGCAGGCGAACGAGCCGGCAAGCACUGGGGCAUCGCCAUGCUGACGAUUUUCCUAGUAUUACUGUUUUCUCAGUAUGCCAGAAACGUCAAGUUUCCACUCCCAAUUUACAAAUCCAAGAAAGGAUGGACCGCCUACAAGCUGCAGCUCUUCAAAAUGUUCCCAAUCAUCCUGGCCAUCCUUGUGUCCUGGCUGCUCUGCUUCAUCUUCACGGUGACCGACGUGUUCCCGCCCGACAGCACCAAGUACGGCUACUACGCGCGCACGGACUCCAGGCAUGGCGUGCUCCUGGUGGCCCCGUGGUUCAAGGUCCCCUACCCGUUUCAGUGGGGACUGCCCACCGUGUCUGCGGCCGGCGUCAUCGGCAUGCUGAGUGCGGUGGUGGCCAGCAUCAUCGAGUCCAUCGGGGACUACUACGCGUGUGCCCGGCUCUCCUGUGCCCCACCGCCUCCCGUCCACGCCAUCAACAGGGGGAUUUUUGUGGAGGGCCUCUCCUGCGUCCUCGAUGGCGUGUUUGGUACCGGGAAUGGCUCCACUUCCUCCAGCCCCAACAUCGGCGUUUUGGGAAUCACUAAGGUCGGCAGCCGGCGCGUAAUCCAGUACGGGGCAGCCCUCAUGCUGGGCCUGGGCAUGAUUGGCAAGUUCAGCGCCCUCUUCGCCUCUCUCCCGGACCCCGUGCUCGGCGCCCUCUUCUGCACCCUCUUCGGCAUGAUCACUGCCGUCGGGCUCUCGAACCUGCAGUUCAUCGAUUUAAAUUCUUCCCGGAACCUCUUCGUGCUUGGCUUCUCCAUCUUCUUUGGGCUCGUUCUUCCAAGUUACCUGCGGCAGAACCCCCUUGUCACAGGGAUAACGGGAAUUGAUCAGGUGUUGAAUGUUCUUCUCACAACUGCGAUGUUCGUUGGGGGCUGUGUGGCUUUUGUUUUGGAUAACACCAUCCCAGGUACUCCCGAGGAGAGAGGCAUCAGGAAAUGGAAGAAGGGCGUAAGCAAGGGGAACAAGUCCCUGGAAGGCAUGGAAUCCUACGAUCUGCCCUUCGGCAUGAACAUUGUUAAGAAAUACAGAUGCUUCAGCUACCUGCCCAUCAGCCCCACCUUCGUGGGCUACGCGUGGAAAGGCCUCCGGAAGAGCACCACCGGCCGGAGUUCAGACGGGGACUCGCAGGCCCCUGUAUAGCCACGGCUCGCCCGUGUCUCGGCCGUGGUGGGGCGUCCCUCUGUAGUUCCUCGCUGAGUCCUAAGCAGUCGCGUAUCUAUUUGUAUAUCUGCAUUUCCAUCCUGCGCCCCAGAGCUCAGCCCUUCCACGUAGCUUUUCUGUUGUGGGUGGUGAACAGUGUCCGAUAGCGUGUCUCGCGCCCUCUCCUUAUUUAAGCCCUCGACCCCUCGCCUCUGAGAGCGUCCGUUGCUGGCCGUGAUCGCUGACCGUGAAGUUCCUGUCCUCCUGUGGGGGUGGGUGUCUGGCAUCCACAGCCGUUCCUUCUCUUCUGCAUCCCCCUCUCUGCCCGCCAGCGUUCCUACAAGCUGCCUGCUGGGUUCAGGGCUUUCUGUCCCUGUUGCCUUUUUAAGAUUAUAUAUAUAUAUAAUAUAUAUUUUUUAAACUUAA